AUGUAUGAACGCCAUAAGAGGCGAUACAGCCUGUGCGACAUUUCCAAGGUGGACAGGACUGUAGAUGUUGUGUUGUUAAAGAUAAACCGCGAAAGCUGGUGUUCGCUGGAGCCAUGCCCCGAUUCUUCCCUGCUGGAGCGCAAGCGGACACGGGAGUCUCCAGAAUGUGAGAGCUUCUUGGAGGAUGGGCUGAGUAGCGUCUGUGCCUCGUCACAGGGUGUCCUUAAAAGAGAGUCCGGGAGCGAGUCUGACCUCUUCCCCUUGCCUGGUGAUGGGAUGGAAGACCUUGUCUUUGGAAAGCCUGAAGAGGAGCAGUCUGCAUGCGAUGUCACCAGCUCCGGUUCCUCUGCAGAUGACACCAUGUCCCUGGAGAGGAACUCAUCCCUGGGCAGCGACACGUCCCUUCCCUUCCCGCCAAUGGUGAACUUCAUCCAGCCCAAGGACAGGCACAGCCUGGAUGGCAGCUGCACCAACAUGGUGGCCACAGAGGGAGGAGAGAAGGAAGAGGAGCUGGACAGUAUCACGGAUGUGCCCACUCCUUCCUCCGUCUUGCGAAACUCCAUGCGGCCACUGUCACCCUUCCGCCGACACAGUUGGGGGCCAGGGAAGAACGCCACCAACGAAGCAGAAAUAAAUCAGAGGAGUUACAGCCUAGAAGGCCUUGCUGGAGACUCUGGUGAGAACAAGAAGCCCUCUACAAACUUGGAGGCUUCUUCUCUGAGCUCCAAAGACCUCAGACGGAGUCCGCUUGCCAGCAAUCAGUGUGGGUCCCUAGUCUUGCUCACUGAAGAACUCGAGCAAGGGGAAAUCAGAGACUACGAUCACCAGAUGCAUCAAACAUCGCAGCCGCAAGGAUUUAAUUUCUGUUCUUCCGCUGUUUCAUCUCCACUGACCAAAUCUAUGUCUCUAAUGUCAAUUAGUAAACCAGUGCUGGACAGUAGUAGAUAUUACAUAAAUACCCAGCACAAUGCUUUGGGAGAAAAAAAAAUAAAAGCAACCUCUUUCUUUUUUCAUUUUAGCAUAUCUGAAGAGAGCAGCAGUGUCUCCGCUGGUAAAAGUGGAACAAAAGUCAGUCGCACCUUCAGCUACCUCAGGAAUAAAAUGUCCAGCAGCAAGAAGAGCAAAGAAAAAGAGAAAGAUAAAGAGAAGACUAAAGACAAGGACAAAGAUUCCAAGGAGAAGGAAAAAGAUAAGAAGCUGUUAAACGGACAUCUCUUCACUGCAACCUCCGUUGUAGCCCAAGCAACCUGUUACCACUGUAUGAAACCUUUCAAUAAGGAUUCGUACUACUGUGCAAACUGCAAUGCAAUUGUUCACAAAGGCUGUAAGGAGAGUUUUGCUUCUUGUGCAAAGGUCAAAAUGAAGCCGCAGAGAGGGAUGCUGCAGGCACACGAUACCUCUUCGUUACCCACAGUAACCAUGAGAAACAAAAGCUCACAACCGAAGGAGCGCCCUCGCUCUGCCAUACUUGCUCCUGAUGAAAACACCGUAACCUCAAUAUUCAACAACAGGAGAUCACAACAGACUACAGCACUUUCGAAAAGUGUUUCAAUACAGAACAUUGCAGGAGUUGGGAACGAUGACAGCUUAAUACACACUUGGAAAUUCCUGUCUCAGUCAACAGACUCCUUACAUAAAAUCAGUCGGGUGAAUGAAUCCAUGGAGUCACUGGUUGACGAAGGUGCGGACAUGAAUGAAGGACAGCUGAUGGGAGACCUGGAAUUAGAUUCCAAGCAGCUGGAGGCAGAGUCCUGGAGCCAAGUAGUGGACAGCAAGUUCCUACAGCAGCAAAACAAAGACAUUGUCAAACGGCAAGAUGUCAUUUAUGAGCUAAUGCAGACAGAAAUGCAUCAUGUCCGCACCCUGAAGAUCAUGAAUGAUGUAUACAGCGCUGGGAUGAUAAAGGAACUGCAGUAUGAUCAACAGGUCGUGGACAAGAUCUUUCCUUGCCUGGAAAACUUGCUGCACAUCCACAGUCACUUCUUCCAGCGGAUUCUGGAAAGGAAGAAGGAGUCGUUGGUAGACAGAAGUGAAAAGAACUUUGUUAUCAAGAGGAUAGGUGACAUCCUAGUGAAUCAAUUCUCCGGGGAGAGUGCUGAGCGAAUGAAGAAAACAUAUGGCAAAUUCUGUGGGCAUCACAAUGAGGCAGUAAAUAACUUCAAAGAUCUGUACUCAAAGGACAAGCGGUUUCAGGCAUUUGUCAAGAGAAAAAUGAGCAGCUCCCUGGUGAGGCGUCUUGGGAUUUCUGAAUGUAUCUUGUUGGUAACACAGAGAAUCACAAAGUACCCGGUCCUUUUACAAAGGAUACUGCAGUACACCAAAGAAAAUGAAGUGGAACAUGAAGACUUGACUCAGUCAUUAAACCUCGUUAAAGAUGUGAUUGCUGCAGUCAAUAGCAAAGUCAGCAAUUAUGAAAAGAAAAUGCGCCUUGGUGAGAUUUACAGCCGGACGGAUAGCAAGUCCAUCAUGAGGAUGAAGAGUGGCCAGAUGUUUGCAAGAGAGGACUUGAGGCAUCGCAAGCUCAUCCGAGAUGGGCCUGUUUCACUAAAAAAUGCAGCUGGCCGGUUAAAAGAAGUCCAGGCUGUUCUCCUUUCGGACAUGCUCGUAUUCCUUCAGGAGAAGGACCAGAAGUAUGUCUUUGCCUCACUGGACCAGAAAUCCACUGUAAUCUCUCUGAAGAAGUUGAUCGUACGAGAAGUGGCUCAUGAAGAGAAGGGUUUGUUCCUGAUCAGUAUGGGUGUAAAAGAUCCCGAAAUGGUGGAAGUCCAUGCCAGCUCCAAAGAAGAGCGUAACGGCUGGAUACAGAUCAUUCAAGACACAAUGAACACCAUGGAUAAGGAUGAAGACGAAGGAGUCCCUUCUGAGUCUGAGUUUGAAAAGAAAGUGUCAGAUGCAAAAGUGAGAGGACUGAAAGAACAACUUCAGCAGAAGGAUAGGCAGAUCCUCCUCUUGCUGGAGGAGAAGGCCAAGAUCUUCCGCGACAUGGCAGACAGCUCCGUGCAAGAGGACAUGCCAGGCUCCAGGCUGCUCUUCAGAGCCAACACAGAAGAGGCACCGAAAGGAGAGGCCAUUAUGAAAACUGCAAUAAAUGAAGUUGAACUGCUGCAAGACCUGGUGAACAGGAGCCUGGGCACUGCCCUCGGGCAGCAGGUCAGCAGCACUGCCAUGGAACAGGAAGGAGGAGUUGGUCCCAUCUCUCUGCCUAGAAGGGCAGAAACUUUUGGAGGAUUUGACAGUCAUCAGAUGAACGCCUCCAAGUGUGGAGCGAAAGAUGAAGGCGAUGAUCCUCAGGACCUUCGGAGAACAGAGUCGGACAGCAUUUUAAAGAAGGGUGGAAAUGCUAAUCUGAUGUUCAUGUUGAAAAGGAAUAACGAGCAGGUCCUCCAAACCAUUACCAGCCUCCAUAAGCUGCUCAGUGCUUUGCAGGGCGUUGUGCUGCAGCAGGACACCUACAUCGAGGACCAGAAGCUGGCUCUGAGUGAGAGGGCUCUGACCCGAAGCUUCUUCCGUCCAACCUCGCUGCUGGAGCAGGAGAAGCAGCGCAACCUGGAGAAGCAGCGCCAAGAGUUGGCCAACCUGAAGAAGCAGCAGACACAGCACCAGGAGGAGAGGCGGAGGAGAGAGAAGGAGUGGGAAGUCCGAGAGAAGGAGCUGGCAGAGCAGGAGGUCCACCUGGCCCAGCGAGAGGAGCAGGUCCAGAGAGGGUGGCAAGAUCUCGAGCGGGAGCGAGAGGAGUUGCAGGUGAAGAAGGCUUCCUACCAGCUUGACCUGGAGAGGCUUCGCACAGCACAGAAGCAGCUGGAGAGGGAGAAGGCACAGUUCAAGCAAGACAUGGAGCGAUUAGCUCAAAUGCGGCAGGAGCCUGACCACAGUCAGGUUUCAAAUCUACAUGAGAAACUUGCAAGAGUCCCCUCCCAGUCCAGUAUCGAUGACUCCUCCAAGCAGAAGAGCCCUUCCCUUCCUAAACAAGGGCACUUUGAUGCAGAACUGUCUGUCUCCCCCAAAAGGAACAGUCUUUCAAGGACACACAAAGAGAAAAGCACUUUCCAUUUGCUUAGCACAACAAACCAGACUAACAAGGCAGCUGAGGAACAGCCCCAGAUGCCUACCCGCCUCUUCAGUUUAGCCAAACCAAAGGAGAAGAAGGAAAAGAAGAAAAAGGGCAGGGGACAUCGCUCCCAACAGUCUGAUUCUCACUCAUCAGAAGCACCUCCAGAGGGUGAGGAGAUCUUCUGCUGAACACGGACGGUUCCAUCGGUCGCUCUCGGCUUUGGUACAGUGGACAUCUCCCUGCCCGCUCCACAGCACGCUGCUGGUGCCUGCAUCUGACAAGCAUCUGGAGGUUUUAAAUAAAACGUGUUAUGAAGUAUGUUAAGUGGUGGGAAAGGGCCUCUCUCCUGUGGUGUUGCGUGAAUUCUCACCGCAGAGGCUGACUGCACGGCAAGUAGUACCAUCUCUCUGUGCAAACCUUGGGUUGAAUGGAUUGGGAUAGAUGUUUUCUGUCUCUCCUUACUGCUUCAGGAUGAGAGAACAUAACCUUAAGGGGUCUGUGCCUUCGGAUUCCCCUUUUCUGGGGAACGUAACCAAAAGCAAGCAUUUAGCAAAAGAUUAGGACUCUACAAAUGGUGCGUACACACUGGCAUAUAUAGAUAUACUGUAUAUAUACAUGUAUGUAUCUAUGUAUCCACUGGGAUAUGCUUACAGUCUGUACAGCCAAGCUUAGCUCGGCCCAUGGGGAUAGAUGAUACCUGAUGACUUUCAGGGAGCAAGUAGAUAUUAAAUAUCUUGCCCUUACUGCUCCGAUUGUAAUGCCAUUGACUUGCACACCCCUUUUGUGCUCAUGGUAUACAGACUGUUCGGUUUCAGAAAGGUACCUUACACCAGGAAGCAGUAACAGUGUUCAAAACAAAAAUUCAGAGGAAAAAAAUAAAAUUUAAAGUAAUUCCAAAAGAUUUCCAUGGGGCAGAGGAUUUAAAUGUCAAACUGUUUCCAGAAUCAAGCAGAACAUCUUUGGGUAUAUUUAAAAUGCAGAAAAGAGAAAUUCAGUAGGCUUGUAAGGCAACCCCAGGGAGCCAGAACAAACAGUGUUCAAGUGAGAACAACUCUAAGCAACAAUUUUUUAUGCGGUCUCUUUGAGCUCCAGCUCACUCCUUCCCAUCCCCUAAGUUAAGAUUAUUUUUUUUUUGUGUCAGAAUAUAGUUCUCCAGUUGCAUUUGACGUCCCUACAUUACAAGCCUGAUGCCUUACUGGAGAAAUGGCUGAAAAUCUGCUUUUAGGGACUUCUGUUAUUUGUGUUUUUCUUCCCCUACUUUUUGCGUUAACGUUGGGCUUCUGUUUCUCUGGAUUUUGUCAGCUUCCCUUGCUUGUUUCUAAGGCAGAAAGAGACAACAGCAAUUUCAGAGCACUUCAGUGAGAUGUCGCAGGUCAGGGGACUGAGCGCUGUGAGCAGAGUGAACUCCGAGAGGCAGCUCCUAGUUCCUAUGCCUAUAUAAUACCGUGCACUUAUUAACCAUUUCUGGGGAGAUAAUACAUUCUCAUGGACAAAACCGCUGUGGGAUAGGUCCACAGGUCCAGCGUGGCAGGUCUGUUUCCAUCGCCGUGGGCUCUAGGGUGAAAGUGUCCGUGUGUCCCCAUGCUGCAUCAGCAGAAGGGGAAGGUCUGAGGGUGGCUCUUGCUGUGCCCACUGUGAGGUGUUUGUACAGCUGAUGAAUACAGGGAUGUGUUCAGCGGGGGGAAAAGAAAUGCAGCAAGCCAAACUUUUUUCCAAAAUUAUAGUUCUUCCAAACCCUCUCAGGAGAAUUGCCCGAGCAGAUUUGUAAAUGGUUACAAGACGCUAUCAGCUUCAAAAUAGCUCAAGAGAUAGUUCAAUCUCUCUCAGAGAUUGAAGCUGUCAAGUGCAUUUCCUUUCCUCCAGUUUUUCUUAAAAAAAAAAAAAAAAAAAAAAAAAAUUUCUCUUCUUGCACUAUUGUUUGAUUUCAGUUUGCUCUCUGGCUUCUCACAAGCUAGUAACCCGCAGCAGUUUUCAGAGUUCGGUGCUGAUGAGUAUCAGCAGCAUUGAUGGUGAGGUGGGUGCUUAGACUGGUCUGCCUUGGUCAGUGCAGGAAUCCUAAACGGCCUGCUUGCUUUUGAAGCUCUCUAAAUUAUUAAGACUCAAAAAAAAAAAAAGAAGAAAGGAAGAAGGUUUGAGAUUUAUUUUUAUUUUGCUUUUUUUAAUGUUGUUUGGUGCUUGUUCUUUAUUGCAAGCAGGGCUUGCAAAAAGUAUUUAUCUUUCUGUUUAUUUGAAAGAGUUCUUUUUUAAAAAAGUUUACUGGGUUUUAUUUUUUUAUUUCUUUUUACUUUUGCUUUUGUUUGGAGGUUUGAGGGGUGGUUUGGGUUUUUCCUUUCCUUUUUUUUUUUUCUUCCCCUUACCAAGAAAUUGGUAAAACAAAUGUUCUUCUCUCCCUGGUUCCUACAAAACCAGGGUUUGGGCAGUGCUGCUUAGCAGUCCAUGCCAUGCCCAGAGUUACACAAUUUCAACUGAGAGCUUCCUUUAAGGCAGAGCAUCUUUGGGCCAAAAAAAGUCUGGAAAAAGAAGCAGUGACUUCAGACAAGACUCUUCCUAUCAGUUAGUUGCCUUGUUUAAAUAUUUUGUUUGGGUUUUCUCGUACCUCUUGGAGGCAAAGGAAAAAGCAAAACAUAGAGCAUCUUGCAGUGGUGUGAGGGUCCAGUUGCUUCUCUGGGGAGAUACAGGCAGCUCUCUGGAACCUGAAAGGAGCUGAAGGAGGUAUGUGCUGGUGUUGUGGUGUUAACUUAACCAUAAGAAAACCACAAUUUUAGAAAAUAACUUCUGCCCUGCUGUUUAUGUAUCUGCGAAAAUGAAUGUGCCAAGCUGAAAUUUUUGGAAACCAAAGCAGCACAUGGCUCCUUUACUGUUUUGUAAACAGAGAUCAGGUCCCCAGUAUUUCUGAAAGUUCCCCUCAGUCUGUAAUAGCCUUUGCCAGUACGAACUUUUCUUCUCAUCCCUCCAUCUUUUUCCCAGUCCUAACACAUCUUGAAUUCAUGAUACAGGAAUGUCCCAUGGCUCCGAGAAGGGCAUCAAAAGGGAGAUGUGCAACCCAGGGCAGCAGGGCUGAGUCUCUGUCUGGCCUGACCAUCUCUUCUGACCUGUGCAAAUCGAAAAGAGCAUUUAGUGCCCUAAGCGAAAAUAGUAUUUGCUAAGUGAUCUCCUGAGGUGCCCACGGUUCCUUGUCAAAGAAACCAUCGGCAUGAAUCCGAAAUAUACUGACUAGAAAUACUGCAUAUCAAAGCUGUUUGUGUCUUAAAUUCUGGACAGACCUUUGUCCCUGGAGGAUGUAUGUUUCUUCAUGAUUCACUUUUUUGGAAUGAAGCCUUUACUCCCACACUGCUUCCUCUUUCUUUCACCUUUAGGAAGGUGAGGGCUUGUUUUUCUCUCUUAGCCUUUUAUUUCUCCCAGGUUUUCUUUAGAAAGGCUUGGCAUAGGUUCCCAGAGUCAGAUUCCCACUCUGAUCCCUGCAGGUUGCCUACGGUUGUCUGCUAGGGUACGGUCCCAACUUUACAGCACCAAAGCCUUCCCUCUUCCUGACCUUAAAAUUGCGUUUGCUCCAGUUCCACACCUGGCAUCCCUCCUGCAGCCGUUGAAAGCAUGUUAUUUCUUCAGCCCAGCCUGAUGCUGUAUCUGGUUCCCAGAGCUGGUCCCUUGAUCCCAUUUGGAGCACCCAAACCACCCCGUUUUGCAUUGGGUUCCUGGGCCACAGAGCAGGUUCAAAAAGUCUGUGUGAAGCCUGUAUUGUUGGAGGGAGAAGAGGACCCUGCAAGGGCUCUCAGAGCUUUUUUUGCUAGUGUUUCAUGGAGGGGAAAAAUCAGACUUUCUUUUCUUGGGCUUUUCUUAGCCUGGUCUUUAUCACUGCCUGACAGAAGGGCUUUCAAUGACCAGGGAAGUGGGAGCGCAGGCCCAGAUGAUGUACAAAAGUGGUCAGUAUUAGCUGGGGGUGCCAGAAUACCCCGGCAAUAGAGAGUAGCUGUAGCAAAUGGUAUGAGACUCGAUGGAGCUGUGUGGGGUUGGCCUUAGCUUCUUUUAAGUGAAGUGAUCAUCUCAACAUGUAACUUGAUGUCAGUUUGAUGCCAUAAAGCACUUUAAAUGGAACUGGUCUUGUCCCUUUUCAUUUUGGUUACGUGGAGACAAUCAGCUUUGCCAUUGCUUCCCCCCUUUGCAUCCCCAGCAAAAUCCAAGCUGCGAAGUAGGCAUAUUCCUGGUUUGGUUUGGCUUUACCCCGAGAGGUGAGGUAGGGCCAGCUUCUUGUAUUAUUUUUAGACCAAAGUGGGUGUGAAUCUGAGUACAGUCCCACUGCAGACAGGGUGAGUGGCAGGACCAGAAGAACUGGCUUCUGAUGGCUCAGGUAUAUCCCCCGGGAGAGCCCAUGCCGGCAUCACCAUCACCUUCCUCACAGCGGGUGUUGCUGCUGGUAGGGAAGCCAUCCCACCAGCGGUUUGCCCUCCACCUCCUUUUCCUUGGAGAACCCCAGAGCAAAGGAGGUGCGAGGGGAUACAACCAAAUAAGUGAAGCGAGGCCCUUUCCAUGCACUAAGUUAUUUACUGGCCAAGCCAUUGGGAGACCUCCCAGGUGCCAUCCCUGGGGCAGGACCUCUCACCGCCGCUGAGGGUGGACUCUUCUUUUCACUCUUGAAGUUUGACCACUGCUGAGAAGCACAGUAAUGCCGUUAGCUUGUGCGGAUUUGUACUGCCUUUCAAAGGUGAGAGCAUCCGUAGAGUCUGAUCAUCUUUGCACCUUCCUUGAGGCACUAGGAUAUCUCAAAGCUGUUGCUGAAACACCCCAAUCCAGUCCUUCCAAAUGCCACCGAGUCAGAAGAGCUUCAUCAGGUGCCAAAUCCCAAGGAAGCUGUCUAGAAUAUCUGUGGCACGGGGCAAGGGAGGACUGGGCGGGGGGAACAGGAGAGUAUCUGCUAAAAUCCCACAAAACAUUCCUUGUUAACCAGAACUCUGGAAAUUAUUCUGCCUGCUGGCCAGGUUUGGGAAUUUAACAUAAUUUAAGGCACCCUUUUAAAUAAAAAACCUCCCCUGCUGCUCACAACUCUUGCUUCAUUUGUCAGAAGGGGCAGCAAUCAACGAUUCUGAUCCGGUGGUGCAGCUAAGUUUUAAAGAUAGGCGAGCUGAACUGGCUUAAUCUCAUACACCUCGUGCCCUUGAGUGACGGGAAGCGUAACGCUAGCUCCCUUCCCACCUGCGUUUCCAGGGCUCGGUGCCCUUUCUUUCCACACGCGUUUCACUGACACUGAUGCUUUGCCCAAAUAUAUUCAGCUUCCAUUGCUUGGGGGGAGGGGGAACAGGAUAACAUUCACUGCUUUGCAUACAGCUAUAAGCUUCGUAUGUAUUUAAGCUGUCUAUAAGUAUCCAUCCUUUCCAUGCUCUAAAGUAUUUUACUAUUUUCUUUAUCGAUAUUAAACACUGACUCAGAAAAAAAUCAAAAUCUAUGUCCAGUUCAGUUCGCCUAUGGUUAAAGUUUAGUCUGGUGUUUAUUUGUACUAAUAUGGAAUGCACUUGAGUAAUUCCCAGAGCGUUGAGGAGGUGUAUUAUAAUAACCUGAUAUACCUCUGCUUUUGGUUUGUUUCUUAAAAAAAAAAUAAAAUAAAAAUGCUUUGCAUUUUCAUGUUGAACCCAUUAAAAAAAAAGUUUUAAAAAAAAGUUGAAAAAAAGAAUUUUUAAAAAAGAGGGUAAAACCUAAUUGCUGUAUGUUAAUUUGUAAUUAUGUAAAAAGUGAGCAGGUUAUUGACUGUAAAAUUCUUCAGUUUUUCUGUAACUUGCCAGAAACCAUUAGGUUUUGUAACAAGCUUUUAUUUAUCUUCCUUUUUAGUUAUCAGCAUCAACCUCUUGUAAAGUCAUUUUUCCUCUAAAUAAAUUUGAUUUUAAGUCUGA